UAUGGAAAGUUGCAGAUCUAUUUUAAGAUAUGGUGUAAGCGGGAAAUCGCGUUAAGGAUCGAUAGAAAGUUGAAAAGUCGAGUGUAUUGCUCACGUUUGAAUGCGCGCUUCGGCAUGACACUUCCGGUCGAGCUUCUUAUCUGACAGUCCGAAAUGUUAUAAAUCCAAUGUGUUGACAGGUCUGAAGCUGCUGGAAAGUCGGAGGUUCCUUUUCUCUGGGGGAUUGCAACAGUUAAUUUAGCAUCGUGCGAUUAACCUGUACACUAGUCAACUGAUAGGCUCUGACCUCUUUCGCCACUUGAAGAGAGUAUUCGACUAGCAGCCUCUCCUGCGUACAGAUCAUGCUACAUUCAGCCUUUUAAACAGUAUAUACAUUGACACCCAACGCUAUGCCAGACAGUAAUCAAAAGAUGGAGAACGAAGAUAAACAGGAACCUAAUGUCAACGAUGCUAAUACAUCAAUAGACUGUGAUACUAAUGUACAUAAAACUACACAAAAUGAGGGGCAAUUACCUAGUUUGCCGUCUAGGCAACCAACAUCAAAUUUUAUGGUGGGUGGAUUGACAGGAGUGUCACCACCAAAAUUUGUGUCUUUCGACGAAAUUAUAAAAGCUGCCAAUGGAAUGAAAAAUAUGGCCUUAGCGCACGAAAUCGCAGUGGACAAAAAUUUCCAACUGCAGAAACUGGAACCAGAAGAUGGUAGUUUUCAUAGGCGAGUAAAAGAAAUAAUGCAUAAAGCUUUUUGGAAUCUAUUAGCAGAGCAGUUGGCCGAAGACCCACCAGAUUAUUCACAUGCACUGGUUUUAUUGAAAGAAAUUAAAGAAUCACUGGAUGAGUUGGUACCACCACAAAAUUCGAGAAUCAAAGAUAAUAUUAGAGAGGUGCUUGACUUAGACUUAAUCAAGCAACAAGCAGAAAAGGGUGUUCUAGAUUUUCAGCAUUAUGCCCAAUAUAUAAUCUCUAUAAUGAGUAAGAUAUGUGCACCAGUCAGAGAUGAGAAGAUUAAAGAACUUACACAUCAAACGGACAUUAUCGAGACGUUCAAAGGCGUUAUGGAAUUGUUACAAUUAAUGAGAUUGGACUUGGCAAAUUUUACCAUUACUAUGAUGAGACCAAAUAUCAUCGCCUCGAGUAUUGAGUACGAGAAAGCAAAGUUCGCUGAAUUUUUAAAAAUUAAUUCAAACGGCUUACAAUAUACAGAGAAGUGGUUAUUAAGACAUUUCGAUCCGGAGAAAAUCACAGGUUCAUCGACCUCUGGUACUGGUAACAUAAGACAACUUACUCACUCCUUAUUGACAGAGGCAUACCUUGAUCUUCUAGAAUGGGAUUUCAGCCCAGACGCUGAAACAUUGAUGUUGGACCAAGGGAGACUCCUGGAAUUACGCGAUAUAACUAGUAGAUUGAGUAUCGUUGGUGCUGUGAUAUUGUUGGUCAAUAAUACGAUUGGUGCACCGAUUCACGGGGUUUCAAGCUUUAAAAAGAAUAUUAAGGAGCAUCUGAAUAUAUUACUGGACUCUGUACAUUCUAACAAGGAUCUUGAAACUGCAGUGCCAAAUAUUGUGUUACAAGUGAAAACAGAUCUCAAAAAAACAUUACAGGAGGUCAACGCUCCUGAUUUGUCUCCGGAGCUGGAAACAUUAUUGGAGGGUCAAAUAACCGAUCUGAUAGACACGCAACAUAAGAUCAGAUAUCUUGUCAGCUUGCGAAUUAGGCAGUUUCUGCAGAAGAUUAUACUCUCACAAUCUACUGCGCCUCAACAAGUUCCGCCAGGUCUCUCCUCGCUGCAGGAGGAACUAACAGCGAUCGCUGCUCGAUUUGUUAUACUUGUUGCACAUAAUCGAAGCGUAUUCGGAGAGUAUUAUCAAGAUAUUGUUGCAAAUGCGCUCGCGAAAAGUGAUGUUGACAAUAACAAAGAGAUACACGGAACGCAUACUAUGGAACUGUAAAAAGAAUAGAAAAAUGAGUUCAGAUAUGUAUAAGUAUUGUUAAUAUGCUUGGAUCUCGCUAUGGUCGUUUCUGAAGUUGGAAUUUUAAUUAUUUCGAUUUCUCUCUGCUAUGCAUCUCAACUUUUACUAAUCCAGUUUUGUACUGCGGACGAGUGACAUAAAAUAAAGAGUUGAUCCUCUUUUUUUCUCUUUAAAUAUUGUAACGCGCUGUAUCGAGGUACGAGUGUAUAUAAUUUUUUUCAUAUUUAUGUCCAUUUAAUUAUAUGAUGGACGAUAUUAAUAAAUUAUAUAUGUAAUUAAUAAAGUAGAAAAGGUAUGUAUUUAUUAUUGCUACUUAUGAUCGCUACAAUGACGAUGGUGACAUCAAUAGUAUAUCUUUUUUUUGCUAUAAUGCACUUAUUUAUGAGACGUACAUUGAUGUAUGGUGUAUAUCUACUACCGAAAUUAAUGAAAUAUAUCAGUGACAAUUUCCUUUCCUUCAUUUGA